AGAAGAGUCGAUAAAACCACCUGACCAAGGAAAAAGGAAGGCACAGGGAGCGCUGAGAAGUUCCAGCCCAGCGCUCGGCAGCACCCUGGGGAGGCUCGGCCCGGCCAUGCCCGCGCUCUGGCUGCGCAGCAGCCUCUGCAUCUGGCUCCUCCUGCCUGCAGCCCGGGCCACCUCCGGGACGGAAGUCUGUCAUUGCAAUGGGAAGUCCAGGCAGUGCAUCUUUGACCAGGAGCUUUUGCGACAGACAGGCAACGGGUUCCGCUGCCUUAAUUGCAAGGACAACACAGAUGGUGUUCGCUGUGAGAGGUGCAAGGAGGGGUUUUACCGGCACCGAGACAGAGACCACUGCCUACCCUGCAAUUGCCACACCACAGGUUCUCUCAGUCCUAGAUGUGACAACUCUGGACAGUGCAGCUGUAAACCAGGUGUGAUAGGACAUAGGUGUGACCGAUGUCUGCCAGGCUUCCAUUUACUCACUGAUGCUGGGUGUACCCGAGACCAAAGAACACUAGAUUCCAAGUGUGACUGUAAUCCAGCUGGUAUCUCUGGGCCCUGUGACUCUGGCCGCUGUGUCUGCAAACCAGCUGUCACCGGAGAACGCUGUGAUAGGUGCCGAUCAGGCUACUAUCAUCUGGACAGUGGAAACCCUGAGGGCUGUACCCAGUGUUUCUGCUACGGGCAUUCGGCCAGCUGCCACAGCUCUGCAGACUUCAGUGUCCACAAGAUCACCUCAACAUUCUAUCAAGAUGUUGAUGGCUGGAAGGCUGUCCAGAGAAAUGGGUCUCCUGCAAAGCUCCACUGGUCACAGCGCCAUCGGGAUGUGUUUAGUUCUGCCCAACGAUCAGACCCAGUCUACUUUGUGGCACCUGCCAGAUUCCUAGGUAAUCAGCAGGUGAGUUAUGGGCAAAGCCUGUCUUUUGACUACCGUGUGGACAGAGGAGGCAGACAUCCAUCUGCCCAUGACGUGAUUCUGGAAGGUGCUGGUCUACAGAUCAGAGCUCCCUUGAUACCACUUGGCAAAACACUUCCCUGUGGAAUCACCAAGACUUACACAUUCAGAUUAAAUGAGCAUCCAAGCAGCCACUGGAGUCCACAGCUGAGUUAUUUUGAGUAUCGAAGGUUACUGCGGAACCUCACAGCCCUCCGGAUCCGAGCUACAUAUGGAGAAUACAGUACAGGGUACCUUGACAAUGUAACCCUGAUUUCAGCCCGCCCUGUCUCAGGAGCCCCAGCACCCUGGGUUGAACACUGUGUAUGCCCUGUUGGGUACAAGGGACAGUUCUGCCAGGAUUGUGCUUCUGGCUACAAAAGAGAUUCAGCAAGACUUGGGCCUUUUGGCACCUGUAUUCCCUGUAAUUGCCAAGGGGGAGGAGCCUGUGAUCCAGACACAGGAGAUUGCUACUCAGGGGAUGAGAAUCCUGAUGUCGAGUGUGCUGAUUGCCCCAUCGGUUUCUACAAUGAUCCACAUGACCCUCGCAGCUGCAAGCCAUGCCCCUGUCACAAUGGGUUCAGCUGCUCAGUGAUGCCUGAGACAGAGGAGGUGGUGUGCAACAACUGCCCCCCUGGAGUCACUGGGGCCCGCUGUGAGCUCUGUGCUGAUGGUUACUUUGGGGACCCCUUUGGGGAACGUGGUCCAGUGAGGCCUUGUCAGCGCUGCCAAUGUAACAACAAUGUGGACCCUAGUGCUUCUGGGAACUGUGACCAGCUGACAGGCAGGUGCUUAAAAUGCAUUCACAACACAGCUGGCAUCUACUGUGACCAGUGCAAAACAGGUUACUUUGGUGACCCAUUGGCUCCCAACCCAGCAGACAAGUGUCGAGCUUGCAACUGCAACCCCAUGGGCUCGGAACCUGGAGAGUGUCAAAGUGACGGCAGCUGUAUUUGCAAGCCAGGCUUUGGUGGUCUCAACUGUGAGCAUGCAGCACUAAUAAGCUGUCCAGCCUGCUACAAUCAAGUGAAGAUUCAGAUGGACCAGUUUACACAGCAGCUUCAGAGCCUGGAGACUCUGAUAUCAAAGGCUCAGGGUAGUGGGGGAGCAGUCCCCAGUGCAGAGCUGGAAAGCAGGAUGCAACAGGCUGAGGAGGCCCUUCGGGACAUUCUGAGAGAAGCCCAAGUUUCAGAAGGUGCUAGGAGAGCCCUUAGUCUCCAGCUGGCCAAGGUGAGAAGCCAAGAGAACAGUUACCAGAACCGUCUGGAAGACCUCAAGAUGACCGUGGAAAAGGUUCAGGCCCUGAGCACUCAGUAUCAGAACCAAGUUCAGGAUACAAGCCGGCUCAUCUCUCAGAUGCGCCUCAGCCUGGAGGAAAGUGAAGCUUCCCUGGGAAACACCAACAUUCCUUCCUCAGAACACUAUGUGGGGCCAAAUGGCUUCAGAAGUCUGGCUCAAGAGGCUACAAGGUUGGCAGACAGCCAUGUUGAGUCAGCCAACAACGUUGAGCAACUAGCAAGGGAGGCUGAGGACUAUUCCAAACAAGCAUUAUCACUGGCCCGGAAGGCUCUGAGUGGAGGAAGCGGAAGCGGCACCCCAGACAGCUCUGUGGUACAAGGGCUUAUGGGAAAAUUAGAGAAAACCAAAUCCCUGGCCCAGCAGUUGUCAAGGGAGGCCAUACAAACUGACAUUGAAACAGACAGAGCUUAUCAGCAUGGUCUCCAUCUUCUGGAUUCAGCAUCUCAGCUUCAGGGAAUCAGUGAUGGAUCCUUUCAGGUGGAAGCAAAGAGGAUCAAACAAAAAGCUGACUCGCUCUCAAAUCUGGUGACCAGACAAAUGGAUGUGUUUACACGUGUGCAAAACAAUCUAGGAAACUGGGAAAAAGAAACCCAGCAGCUCUUACAGAAUGCAAAGAAUGGGAGACAGACAUCGGAUCAGCUGCUUUCCCGUGCCAACCUUGCUAAAAGCAGAGCCCAAGAAGCACUAAGUAUGGGAAAUGCCACUUUUUAUGAAGUUGAGAGCAUCCUGAAGAACCUCAGAGAGUUUGACCUACAGGUCGAAGAUAGAAAAGCAGAGGCCGAAGAGGCCAUGAAGAGACUCUCCUUUAUUAGCCAGAAAGUUGCAGAUGCCAGUGACAAGACCCAGCAGGCAGAAGUGGCCCUGGGGAGUGCUGCUGCUGACGCCCAACGGGCAAAGAACGCGGCUAAGGAGGCCCUAGAGAUCACCAGCGAGAUAGAACAGGAGAUAGGGAGUCUGAACUUGGAAGCAAAUGUGACAGCGGAUGGAGCCUUGGCUAUGGAAAAGGGACUGGCCACUCUAAAGAGCGAGAUGAGAGAGACAGAAGGGGAGCUGGCCAGGAAGGAGCUGGAGUUUGACGCAGAUAAGGACACGGUGCAGCUGGUGAUUACGGAAGCCCAGAGAGCUGAUGCCAAAGCCAAGAGUGCUGGAGUUACAAUCCAAGACACACUCAACACUUUGGACAGCAUCCUACACUUAAUAGACCAGCCAGGUAGCGUGGAUGAAGAGGGGCUGAUCUUACUGGAGCGGGAGCUUUUCCAAGCCAAGACCCAGAUCAACAGUCGACUUCGGCCCCUGAUGUCUGAGCUGGAGGACAGGGCACGUCGACAGAAGAAUCACCUUCAUCUUCUGGAGACAAGUAUAGAUGGGAUUCUGGCUGAUGUGAAGAACCUGGAGAACAUUCAAGACAACCUGCCUCCUGGCUGCUACAACACCCAGGCUCUUGAACAACAGUGAAGCUACAGUAGAGAUUUGUCUGCUGAGGCUCUUUGGAUACAGACCUCAGGGCUCAGGAGCCAUCUCAUGUGGAUGGGAUGGGCUAAGGAUAUUUGAACACAUAAUGGGUGUGUUCAGAUCAAUUGGACCUGACUCCAUCCCUGAGACCCCGGCUAGGUGGAACCUGCACCAGUAUGGUACUGUUUGCUUCCUGAUGCUGGCAAUGAGGCAGAUAGCACUGGGUAUGAGACUGUCCGAGGACCAACUACACCAACAAUUGUCAACCUCAGAGCAGUCAUAACUGAGUCCUGGAAUAUGGAAAGUAUACGUCAGGACAGGGAGUGAAAUCUAAUCACACGGUGGCCAGUAAAGCAUUCUUGCUUCAUGUCGUCCACUACAAGUUUCUUGUUGAGCAGAUUUCCUCCGCUGCCCACCUAGUACAUGAGUAUGUACUCUACUUUCAGACUGGAUGCAGUGAGCAGUUGGAACAGUGAAGGACGUGGCUGUCUGGUUCAUUUGGAGCAAUGGUGCCUGCUGCUGCCCUGUCACUUCUUGUUCUAGGCUUGAGAAUUACAUCCUUUCUCCUAAUGGUGCCGGAACAACUCAGAAACUGUAUUUUUAUUAAAGCAUUUCAUUUCCUACCAGCAAAACAAGCAGUGGGAAAGUAUUUACUUUUAAGUUUCAAAGUGAUAUUAAAAAAUGUAUCUUGGGCAUUGAAAGAAGUGGAAUAUUCUAGAAGAUUUAUUAGUCUUAAACCAAUUCCCUUUUCCAAAAACUAAACUCACAUGCUUCUGUGUAUUUUAUCUUAUUGUCUCUCUCCCUAAAUCAGGGAUGAUACAUCCUUUCAUAUAUCCUUCCAACAUAUAUUUAUUGAGUCCCUACUGUGCGCCAGAGGUGAGUGGGACAGUACUGCCAUCAUCUGCCCUCAUAGAAUUGAUUGUCUAGUGAGGAGGACAAACAUUAAAAAUAAUAAAUUUAAAUUUCCAAGCCUCGUUCAUCACAAAUGGUAUUUAUUGCAGUCACCCUUGGUUUGGAACCUCUUUUCUCAACAGAACAUGUGUUGCAAGACAGUCCCGUGGGGGCUACUUGAGUUAGGGCAAAGCUGAAAUAGUUCUGAGUCUUACACACUUCUCUGUGUUCCAGCUGUCCCUCCACCCCUUCCCACAACACACUGUUGCAACAGACUGUUGAGUCACGGUAAUACCAGUGGGAAUUUCUGAAGGAACCAGAGGCACUUCCACCUCAACUUGGAAGACGUCUGUGCUGUCUCUUUUCUGCAUUUCCUUGUCUUUUCUUGGAUGUGUUUUUAAAUAAAAGAACAAUUGUUAGAUGUUGGGGAUCAGUUUCUGUUUUUAUUAAACUCAGCAUGAGAUGGGAGUGCCAGAACAGUGGAAAUGAAGAUACCAUCCCCAUGAUGGUCCCAAGGCCAGCAUCUUCAAAUUCCUCAGUAGCCUAGCUUUCCAACUAUGAGGGUAUUUCAUAAGAUUUAGAUGAUGCUGUAUCCUAAGCAUAAAAAGUUAUUUCUAAAACAACUCAAACUGAGUGGAGGCUAUAAUUAAUACUCUUGUCUUUUUCAUCUGCUUUAAAAUAAAGGGAAAAUCAGUCGUUUGUGGUACAUAUGUAAUGCCUUUUAAUAAAUUAAAUUUUAAUAAGU